AUGGAUGAAGCAUUCUACAUAGAAAAGUUGUCGGACAAAUCUGGCAAUGGGUGGAUCAAAAUGGUGCUUGAUGAUGAGUUACAAGCACUAGUGUCACUCAGCUCUUUGCCUCAUAACUGGAAUACACUAGUAGUGUCCUUAAGCAAUUCAACUCUUCAAGGCGUUCUUACAUUGGACAUAGUUAAAGAUAGCAAGGAGAAAAGUACAAGGAGUAGUAGCCGAGUUAGAAGCCCUCGUCUUAGAGUAUUGUGGAGGAACUACCAAUAG